CAACAGGUCUUCUGAUUGGCGGAGGCGUGUUAGUCAGCGGUUAUCCCUCCAGUCGAGUCUUUAUAAGCCGCAGCAACUGUCGUCCUCCCCAACACUAACCCUGACUUCGCACAGAGUAAAGUGGGACCGCUCCGAACUCAUUCUGCAACUCAUUUCUACCUGCUACUACUAAUCAUCAAAGAAGAUGACAACAGCCGCUUGUGGGGUAGGUGUGGCCAAAGUGAAGAAGGUGGUGCUGUCGUGUUUCCAAGCCUCGCUGCUCAACCUCUACAACGUGCGCACCAAGGUGCGCUGUGCCAACGCCCCCUUCCGGUCGGAGAAAGAACUGCCCCUCCCCAGCGUCCUCAACACCUCCGUCAUCGAACAAUGCGUCGACGAAAGGCUGGCUCAGAUCUUUGAAGACGAUGACGAAGAAAGGUACCUUAUAUUUUGCAACUGGUGCAAAUCCUUGCUAAGCGAAACCAAAGUCAAGAGCUUGCUGAAGACGAUGUCCGCGGUGUACAGCCGGUGCUGGGACGUCAUCUCCAGCGGGGUGCAGGACAAGGUCUUCAAGGGCAUCCUCCCCACGCCCUCCGCCGACACUUCUGUCUUCAGCGUGGAGGUGGACGACCUGAACAACAAGGUUUACGUCCACUGGUCGCGAGAGGAUAUCGGCCACGACUUCCUGCAGGCCGUUCAGCGCAUGCUCAAACAGCUGCGAGACGAAGGUCGUCAGCCCUCGGAAGCAGAGUACUUCGCCACGCACCGCUACCUGCACAUCAGCAACGGUGGUUGGGGGAUCAAGAGCGAUCCCAUACCGCUAGGGACCCCAGGUUUUCGUCCACACACGCAGACCUACAUGUCGCUGACCGACCCUGGCGACGGCCACGUGCUGGGAACCACGCGCUUCAGCGACUGGAUGAAGGGUGCCAUCGUGCACGUGGAGCACUUGGAGCGGCCGCGCCACCUGCCGCGCGAGAAGAUCGAGUCGUACCGCAUCCCCUCCAUCCUUGACUUCUCACGCGUGCGACUGCACGUGGGCUCUUCCGCCCCCACCACCUACUUCGUGGGCCGCGUGGUGAAGGACUCUGGAAACUUCCAAGAUGACUUCCUCAAAGUCGUCAACUUGACGGCAGCUGCCGCCUCAGCCGCCUUCUUCCUGGGUGCCGCCGAGUGCAAGGUGUCCAUGGAGGGGCUGUCCACCGCGCAGUCCAUGAGCUACAUGAAGGCACUGCGUGCACAGGUACAGCGCAGCAAGAAGCAGUUCCUCUCCGCCGCCUGGAACCUGAACCAGGUGCUCCAUGACGACUUCGACCACAAGGAGCCGGUGGAGCUGAGCAAGCGCAUGGAGAUCGCCAUGAGGGCGAUUGAGAUCACCUCCUUGGGCGGCUUCGACAAGGUUACAUGGGACGGCGCCAGCGACACCUAUCCAUCCAAGUGCAUCAUGUACCAGCUGACCUUCGAGGAAGCAUUGACCAUCGUGCACGAGGCACACCUGCGUGGACUGGUAACAUACUUCUCGGCGGGCUUCAAGUUCAACGAGAUCCGCCACGCGGUGUACGCCGGCGUCGAUGGUAUCGGUAUUGGUGGCGCACAGGUACUACGCUACAUGGACUCCGAGACCGGCAUGCACGGGCCCUACAUGGAGGAGAACAUCCCCCGCAUAUUGGCCAGUCGUGACGAGGCGGCCCAGUCCGUGCGAGGGCGCGGAGUGCACCUGUUGGCGCUGGACACCAUGUACUUCGAGGGGUCCAUCUCUUUGGAGGAAGACAAGCUGCGGCAGAAACUCUUCAACAUGCUGCUACUGUCCGAUGAGCCCGCCAUCGAAGAUCUGCUGAUCAAGCUUGCCCGCGUGGUGGCACUGCCCUACGAAGGUAACUUCCCAUACUUGUUCCGAGCUCGGCGAUUGGUGGAGGCAGAACAACCCAUCCUAAAGAGUUUCUGCACUGACGAAGAGUGGGAGUCGCUGACCAAAGUUCUGAAGAGCCUCAUCGUGGCGCGAGACGAGUCCAACAUCAUGGAGGAGCACGACAGCGACCCCUGGCUCAGCAUCCGCCAGAAAUUCCGCAUGAGCCAGUGCCCACGUGACUCCAAGAUCUGCUACGUCAGGCAGUCCUCCUUCUCGCUGCCUUUCAAAGGAUGAAGCUACAAAACUAACAGACUGCUAAGUGAAGCUACCAGCACCUUGACAAACUGCUAAUCAAAGAAAUCAGCAUUAUGACAGGAGGACUGAUCAAAUCUUGUUUAGGUUUUACCUUAAGUUGAUUGUCUCAACCUAUAUUCCAAACAGUUUUUUAUUACUUAUUCAUAUUGAACUGUACCGUGUAUCGAGCUUUAUUGUUUAUACAUUCAUGUUGUUACUACUACAAUUUUGAGUCAUUUGUAUGGUAGUGAAAUUUUAUGCAAGUUAUAACUUUUUUAUUUUGAUUAUAACUUGUUCUUCUUCUUUCUUUUCUUCUUUGUCAUCAUCUUCGUGGUUAGUAUCACCAUCAUCUCAUUCUCCUUCUUCUCAUGUGUCAUUAAGACUCCCAGUCCAAUAAUAAGUUUGCCAAUACAAUUGGUGGACAGUGUGUAUUGUUGUAUGAUUCCCCGCAUAUUCUUAUUGACUCAAUCCUGUUUUUGUUAAGUUUCUAAUUUUGUAAAAAAAAAAAAUUAAUGAAAUAAAGAAUCAAUUAAUACA